AUGGCAAGCAACAAUAGUCGCCAAUCCUCUCUUGAUCUCGGUGAUCUCCCUUCAGGCCGGUCCAUCCUCACUUCAGGGGCUCAACCCUCUCAACCCGCCGCUCCCCCAAGCCCGCAUGUCGCUCUCUCACGUAGCAGGGGCGAUUCUGCCCUGCCUCCAUCGCCCGGAUCUGCCAUCAAGCAUGCUCGAACGCUGUCGUACACUCCGCGCCGAACGAACCGCCUGAGCCUGUCUUUUCCAGUCGCCACCACCAGCGUUGAGUCGCCGAGGCCGACACCCACAUCUUCGAAUACGUCCUCAGUUCCAGGCACGCCGGCAGAGAUAAUACCGCCGCCUUCUCCCAGUGACCCUAGUGGCUUUCUGGUUGCGCUCGCAGGACAGGAGAGGAGGGUUCUCGAGCUCAAAGAGGAACUACAGAAGGCGGAAGCAGAUCUCGAGAAACUGAAGAUGCAAUGGGCACAACAUGAGCGAAUGAGGAAGAGGGCAGAGAUCAGGCAUGUGGAACCCUUACAACCUUUACAGACGGUCGUGACAGACGAUGGAAGGACGAGUGAGGAAGCAGACGGUGCGACUCGGCAUAGUAUAGAGAUGGACCGGCGGAAGGCCCUCCUAAACAGCACCAAGGAACCGCGCAGGAAGGUCAUUACGGGAGGACACACCCGCACACUUUCUCUACUCUCGCCGGAUCGAUCGAACUACACGCGGCCGUUCCCGCCUGUGAAGGAAUCAGAGGCUGAGAGCAAAGAUCUAGCCCGGAGUCCCACCAUGCCAGACACCAGCCAAGGCAUAACAAAGAUAACUACGAAUCGCGCAAGGAACUCCUACCAGGGCGGGGUCACCCACAAUGCGAGGCAGAUUGCUGUCGAUGUCAAGGCGGGAUUGUGGACGUUUCUGGAAGAUCUGAGGCAGGCAACGGUUGGCGAUGAGCCGAUCACCGGCAAAACAAGUCGAUCGAGCGCGGAACCACCCCAGAAUGGACUGAAUAGACGCGGUAGCAGAAGCAGUCCACUCAGCAAUGAGAGGGCCCGGCGUGCACCAUCGCCCAGGGGAGUUUCCUCUACAAGGACUUGGGAUUCUCUAACGGGCUCAAACUCAGUGCUGUUGGAUGCGGGCGGGACAUACUACGUAGAUACUUCCCCUCGUCACGAGUCAAAACCAUCAACCGCAGCGAAAGGAACCUCUAUCAGACCGCUCUCUCCGAGCGUUGACGACGACGACUGGUCCAACUGGGACUUGCCCGAUCCAAAGUCACCCAGAUGGAGUGGCAGUACGGAACUCUCGGAACCAGCCACACCACCCCGAUCCAAUAACGACAGCCGUAACGUGCAGAUAGUCGACCAGCCCACAGACGAAGCCAGCACCCCUUCAAGACGUGAUGAGAUCCAAUGGCCCGGGUUCGAGAAGCUCACCCCCGGCAAUCUGAAGCGCACCGUCUCAACCAUCAUGAAAGGAUGGGAGAACAGCCUCACCCCUCCAGAAGAGCGGCAAGACCCCCUCGCGAAAGCCGCGCCUGCUACGAAAAGCAACAGCGCAAACGAGCCGCUGUAUCUGUCCCGCGCCCCGCUCUUCCCAGCUCCUCCUCAUGACAAAGGCGUUUGA